AUGAGGAGGUCGACCGCGGUUAACACAUUACUGAAACGGAACUAUUUUCUUCUCCAACGUCGACAUGGCGUCUCCCAGACAGUAGCUCAAAGAACAAACUCCGUUCACGAGACCGAGACCAAAAUUCCGGAAAUUCCCCCGUUCAAUUAUUCUCCGGCGCCUUACGACGGUCCUUCCACCGCAGAGAUCAUCGCAAAGCGGCGAGAGUUCCUCAGCCCCGCUCUGUUCCACUUCUACAAUACUCCCUUAAACAUUGUGGAGGGAAAGAUGCAGUAUGUGUUCGACGAGACAGGUCGGCGAUACUUAGAUGCCUUCGGAGGAAUAGCGACGGUUUCGUGCGGCCAUAGCCACCCGGAAAUAGUUAACUCCGUCAUCAAACAGUUAAAACUUAUUCAACACUCCACCAUCCUUUACCUUAAUCACACCAUCUCUGAUUUCGCUGAAGCUCUCGUCUCCACUCUUCCUGGAGAUCUCAAGGUGGUGUUUUUCACUAAUUCCGGUACGGAGGCGAAUGAGCUGGCAAUGAUGAUGGCUAAGCUGUACACGGGAUGUAACGACAUCGUUUCGCUUAGGAACUCUUACCAUGGAAACGCAUCUGCAACUAUGGGAGCCACUGCUCAGUCUAACUGGAAAUUCAACGUCGUUCAGAGUGGAGUCCACCACGCUACAAAUCCAGAUCCCUACAGAGGAAUAUUCGGAUCGGACGGUGAAAAGUACGCGAGAGACGUACACGACCUUAUCCAAUUCGGUACUUCUGGUCAAGUCGCCGGUUUCAUCGGCGAAUCUAUCCAGGGAGUUGGAGGGAUCGUAGAGCUUGCUCCGGGAUACUUACCGGCCGUGUACGACACCGUGAGGAGAGCCGGAGGAGUUUGCAUCGCCGAUGAAGUCCAAUCCGGUUUUGCUCGUACCGGAACCAAUUUCUGGGGAUUCCAAUCUCAUGGUGUCGUACCGGACAUCGUCACCAUGGCCAAGGGGAUCGGGAACGGCAUCCCGCUUGGAGCGGUUGUGACAACACCGGAGAUCGCCGGCGUUUUAAGCCGCCGGAGUUAUUUCAAUACUUUCGGAGGAAACCCAAUGUGCACUGCCGCGGGACACGCGGUUCUGAGAGUCAUUCACGAGGAGAAGCUCCAAGACAACGCUUUCCACGUUGGCUCACAUCUCAAACGCAGACUUACACAACUCAAAGAUAAACACGAACUCAUCGGAGACGUGAGAGGAAGAGGAUUGAUGCUCGGAGUUGAGUUUGUCAUAGACCGUGACUUAAAAACUCCUGCUAAAACAGAGACUCUUCAUUUAAUGGAUCAAAUGAAAGAAAUGGGAGUGUUGGUGGGGAAAGGUGGAUUCUACGGGAACGUCUUCAGAAUCACUCCUCCUCUCUGCUUCACCGUCUCUGACGCCGAUUUCCUUGUGGAUGUGAUGGAUCACGCCAUGUCGAAGAUGUGA